AUGGAGAGCACGGAGGACAAAUCCCCCCGGCAGAGCCUGGUGGGAGAGGCCGUUUUGAAGGGCUCCCCGGUGCAGGAAGGCAGCGGGGAGGAAAAGGCUCGGAGAUGCCCCCGGAGGAGGGGCUGCAAAGCCAGCCCAGGGAGCUCUGAGGAGGAAAGACCCGUCCUGUGCCGGGAAGGCGGCCAGAGCUUGAGCCGGAGCUCCGAGCUGGUGGUCCCUGAGCAGCCUCCCAGCAGGGAGAAGCCCUUCAGGUGCUUGGAAUGUGGGAAGAGCUUCAGCCAGAGCUGGAACCUCCUCAGGCACCAGCACAUCCACACUGGAGAACAGCCCUACACGUGUAGGGAAUGUGGGAAGGGCUUCAGGGACAGCUCCAAGCUCCACAGGCACCAGCUCAUCCACACUGGGGAACGGCCCUACAAGUGUGGGGAGUGUGGGAAGAGCUUCACUGAUGGAUUCAACCUGAUCCAACACCAGAGUAUCCACACUGGGCAACGGCCCUACAAGUGCUUGCAAUGUGGGAAGAGGUUUAGGACCAGCUCACAUCUCCUCGUGCAUGAGCGGACACACACAGGGGAGAGGCCCUUCCGCUGCACCGACUGUGGGAAGGGCUUCAACCAGAACAGCAACCUCAUCACCCACUGGCGCAUCCACACCAGGGAGAGGCCCUACAAGUGUGAGGAGUGUGGGAAGAGCUUCAGCCAGAGCUCCCACUUGACCAGACACCAACAGACCCACCGGUAGGAGAAGCCCCUGGAGUGCCCCGACUGCGGGAAGAGCUUUGGCCGCUGCUCCCACCCCGAAUGACCCCCUGAUGGUGAGGCAACCCCUGGAGUCCAGUGACUGUCAGUCCAUCCCUUUCCACCAGAAAGGGCCAGUCCCCUUUCUCAGGGUCAGGUUGUGCCAACAGAACCCUUCUUGGAGGGUGUGUGGAGAUUCCUGCCUUGGCUGGGACCCCCCAAGGUCAGUGCUGGAGGUUGAGAGCAGAGAUCUCCCCACGAUUGUUGGUCUGGGGGAGUUCCAUCCAUCUUUAAUUCGUAAUUCUUGCUUUGGUGCCAACUUGAGUAGAAUUGCUUCAACAAUUGCUUUAGUGUAGAGCACUGUCCAAUCUUAUUCUGUAUUAGUGGUAGUUUUAGUGUUUCUUUAGUGUUUCUUUUAAUGUUUCUUUAGUGUUGCAGUUUCCAUGGAGAAAAGGUGAGGGGAGGUGGGCAGAGAUUCUCGGCUACAGUCACCAGUUCUUCUCCCUUUCCUCUCCCUGAUUUUCCAAAAUUUGCCCUCAAUUUUCAUAUAGUGUUCACAGGAGCUUGAACAUGGUUUUUUGGCACGUAGCCAGUUCAGAUGUUGGAGGAGCU